AGGAGAGGGGUAAAGGAGAGAUGUGGAAGAAGAGAAGGGUUUUUCAUAUCUGCUUGCUCCUAUUUGCUGUGCUCCAAAUCACCGCACCCUCCUCAGCUCAAACCACUACCGCCAUCACCACUUCAGCAUCAAACCCUGCAGCUCUCAGUUACCGCACACGGCCAGCUGACAUCACGGUGGCUGUGGGACAAACUGCAGUGUUUCGCUGCGGAGUGCCCAAAGCUUCUCCAAACUUCACGUUCACCUUCUACGGGAGUCACGGCAACUACAGCCUCACAUGCCCCAUGGGCCACGUGGAAGGUAUCGCCCAGGUUCUCAAUGGGAGUUGUCUUAUGAAGACAGAAGAGUCGUUGGCCGUGUGGACCCUCAAGGGAACUUCUUUCUCCGACAACGGCACACAAGUCGUAUGUCAGCAGUCAAAGAAUCCUGAUGCACCUGCUGCCGUCCUACAUGUUUAUGAUAACAGUGCCAGCUUCGUCACUCUCAUUGGCUGUGUCAUUGGGGGCUUCUUUGGCAUCCUAUUGGUGUUUGGUUUAUUGUAUAUCGUGCUGCGGAGAUCUGAGACCCUCCAGAAGUGGUUCAAGGGAAAAGAAACAGAAGAUGAUAUUACCACAAUAGUAACAAAGGAGUAAAAGGAGACAGAAAGCCGUUGCUUGAU